AUGAAUAAAUUUUAUGUUAAAAUUGUUUUAUUUCUUUUAACCAUCUCCCUACAUGUCAAUAAUAAAACUCUUGCAACUGACCCUGGUCCAAUAAAAUAUGUAACAUUCAUAUCAAGAAAACAAGAAAUAUAUGAAAAAAACAAUCACCUAUUAUGUAAAUAUCCCAAAGAAACUAUACAAGCGUGCAUAUUUAUUAAUGAAGCUUUAAAAUAUUUAGAACGUUAUGCUACAAGUAAAGAUUGUUAUAAAUUAUGUAAUAGAUAUUAUGCUUACAAUAUCUAUUUUUAUAAAAAAAAACAUCGAGGUCAUACAAAUGUUGAAAAAAUUCAAUAUAUAAUUAUUAAUCAGAAUGAGUAUAAUGAAAUAAUAAACAUGUUAUGGGGUCCCAAUUAUAAAAAACUUUUCAAUAAUGGCUCUGUUAAAAUAAUGAUACAACACCAUUGCAAAAAAUGGCCGUGAUCUCGUCAUAAAUAUUUUUAUGCUUAAGCUCCAAAAUUUUAAUGGCUUCAGCAUAUAUAAAUGAUCACAACCCUUCCGAUAAAAAAUAUAAAAACUAAAUCGUAAAAAACGAAAAUUUAUUCAUAACUUACAUUGAUUCUGAAGACAUAUUAGAAAAGGAAAAUUAAAAAAACGUUUUUUAACUUAAUUGCAUACUCCAUUGAAAAAAAAGACAGAUAUGUUAAUAUCACCUAUGUCGACUCUAUUGAUGUACAUGCUUCCUUUUAA